UUCUGUAGUUUUGAUGGGGUUCUGUUGCGGCAAGUACACAGAAUAAAUGCUGACGCUGUGUAUUUAUGACACAAUUAUGCGUACAUCAGAGCCCUGCCGUAGUCCUCCGCUCACCUUGAAUCCCUCCGUGGCUCCUACAGCACACCUCACCACUCACCUCAUACAGAUACACUCUCUGAUGCUCCUGACUUCUUCACACAGUAAGUCUCUGGGAACAGGCUGGGUCACAGGCUUUCUCAGACCUCCACAAAGACACAGUGAAACUCCUCCUGACCUCUGCCCGAAUCCCGAGUUAAAACAGCAGAGAAGGUGUCCAUGGUGAAGCCAUGCAGCUGUUCGCUGAUGCUGACUUUCUCUGAGUCUGGACUCAGUGACUCUUUCCCACAGCAUCAUAAUGUGACUCAUCAACUACUUUUUUGUUACCUAACUGACACAAUGGCUGAAAUGCAAUUUAGUAACAUUAAAAGAAAAUCAAACUUAUCAGCUACGAGGAAGUCUGAAGUGUUCUAAGUUAUCUAACUGGUUCAUCAUAUUUAAGAUAGUUAUUUAACCGGGUUGUGGUGAAUGUUCUUUCGGUCACAUGUGAUUGUGCCAAACCACAUUCUGCCAUGGUGCUGAGUAAAAGCAAGGCAGAGACAGAGGCUGAGAAGUGCAGUCAGCUUCUCACCAAGAGGACCAUGCUGUCUCCGAGCCUUGCUCUCCUGGUGUUCAUCUUCACCGCCAAGUCAGGUGACGGAGCCCAAAUCAUUGGAGGGACAGAGGUGACCCCUCACUCCCUGCCCUACAUGGCUCUGGUUGAAACCAGAGAUGACGAAGGAAAACCAUUUUUCUGUGGCGGGACCCUCAUCCACCCGAAAUGGGUCCUGACUGCUGCACACUGUGCACGCCAAGUGAUGUCUGUGAUUCUGGGGAUUCAUGCUCGACAAAAUGCAGGACAGUUCAGACGAGUGAGCCGGCAGGUGAUCCAUCCUGGCUACCUGCCUCAGCAAAUCAACGAUCUGAUGUUGCUGGAGUUGCAGUCACCUGUGGAGGAAACAGCCUAUGUGAAAUCUUCCAGGAUCAACACCCCACCAAAUUACCCCGGAGCUGGCAAGACCUGCUUGGUGGCUGGGUGGGGUCUCACUGGCUAUGGAGCAUCAAAGCCAUCUGAUGUGCUGAUGGCCGCCAACGUGAAAGUGAUUGACUUGGAGACGUGCAACUCUGCAGACUAUUAUGACCAUUCCAAUUCAAUCAACACUGAUGUGGUUUGUGCCGGCUCCCAUGGAGGGAACCAGAUCGGUGUCUGGAAGGGCGACUCUGGCGGUCCUCUGAUGUGCGACAACAUGCUGGUUGGAGUCACUUCCUUUGGAAAGGAAUCCUGCCCCGGCGUGUUCAUGUACCUUUCUCAGGACAGAGUCCAAUGGAUCCAACAAACAAUUUAGUAAAACACAAAGAAAGUCACUGCAGUUGUGCAUGCAAGUCUCUGUCAUAAAAAAAUAAAACU